AUGGAUAAGUCGAAGAACUUUCGAAUUGAUGCUCUGUUGUCAGAGAGCUCUCAGCGGAUACGGGAGGAUUCACCGGGACUGUGUAAGGACGGCACUGACAUUGAGUCCAUGACAUGCAGACGGACAGUAAACUCUCCUCCUCGAGCUUUUCAGCUACAGACAGGGGUCAUACCCAAUAACAUGCUAAAUAUUUCUCACCCAGGAUUAACGUCUCUUUCUCAAGGGUCUAUGCCACGAAUGUAUCCCUCACCUAUGUACUCCAUCACUUCACUUGGUGCGCAGCACCACACCUUCGCGUAUUCUGGUUUCGCGCAACCGUACCCGGAGCACCUGAAAGCCGCAGCCGUGGCCGGCUCAUUCCCGUUAGAACACUGGCUCCGGGCAGGGCUCAUAAUGCCACGCCUCGCAGACUACAGCGGGGCUCCUCAGUCAGGUCUGAUUGGUAAGUGCCGGAGACCACGCACAGCUUUCACCAGUCAGCAACUACUAGAGCUGGAAAAUCAGUUCAAACUCAACAAGUACCUAUCACGACCCAAACGCUUUGAAGUGGCCACAUCUCUUAUGCUGACUGAGACACAGGUGAAGAUCUGGUUCCAGAACCGACGCAUGAAGUGGAAACGCAGCCGCAAAGCUAAAGAGCAAGCUGCACAGAUGGAGACAGGCAAGAGAGGAAACAAGCCAAAAGUCCUCAGUCACUGCAGUGCACAAGAUGAGGAUGAGGAUCUGGAUGCAGAGGAUGAAGAUGAUGAAGAAGAGGAAGAAUUCAGAAAAUCUAUUAACGUAGGUGUGAGUCUACCUCACCCCUCAGACUUUCUGCAGCACAGCACAGAGUUGAGUUACAGCUCUCAUGGCUCUUACUCUGAUGAUGACCUCGAAGAGAUUGGAGGAGACAGAAAGAUCAGACUGGGGUUAUGA